AUGGACAAAAAACAACACUUCAAAUCAACUGCUAGUGGACCGUCUGCAUCAUCUACUGCAAAUAAAUCUAAGAAACCAUCAACAGAAGUAGCAGCAGCAGCAUCAAUACCAACAAUAACAAUGGGUAGAAGUGCUGUGCUUCCUCAACCUGCUCGUCGAAUUAUUCAAAAUUUUCUUCUCGUCUGGCUCGAUGCCAAUAUGGACGAGUCAAAGGAAGAUUUUCAAAACACAUUAAAACAAUUACGACGAAUUGUAGCAUCCAUUACAACAUUCACCGAUGUUCAACAAUGUUUCGAUUAUCUUAGUGGUAUUACAAAGGAAAAGGCAUUUAUGAUCGUAUCGGGUUCACUUGGACAAAAAAUAGUACCAGAACUGGAAGCCAUACCACAAUUAGAAUCCGUGUACGUUUUUUGUAGUAAUCAAUCUUACCAUGAACAAUGGGCCAAUAAGGUACCGAAGAUCAAAGGAGUAUACACAAAAAUUGAACCGAUUUGUAACGCCCUAGAAAUUGAUCGACAACGAUGUGAUCAAACUAUGAUCUCGAUCAGUUUCAAUGGUCUUGAUGCAUUAUUUAUGUACACACAACUUUUGAAAGAAGCAGUCUUAGAAAUCGAAGAUGAUGAUAGAAAAUCUAUCAAAGAUCUUGUUACAUACUGUCGUGAACAAGAAGAUAUAUCUGAAGAUCAAAUUAAACUAAUCGAACGUGAAUAUCGUGAUCAUACACCGAUUUGGUGGUAUACGGCUCCUUAUUUCAUGUACUCAAUGCUUAAUCGUGGUCUUCGACAAAUGGAUGUCGACAUUAUUCUUAAAAUGGGCUUUUUCAUCCGCCAUCUACAUCAACAUAUUAAAAAAUUACAUGGUGAACAACAAUCCGAUAAGCCCACCAACAGACCAUUCACAGUCUUCCGUGGACAAGAGAAUGAUAAAGAUUCAUCAAUAAUAUCAAACACAAAUAAAGAUACAAAAGUUAAUUAUGAACGAUUACUUUCAACAACAUUAUUUUCUAUAAAAUCAGUAGUAAGUCUUAUUUCUAUACAAGGUUUAUUAAAAAAUUUGGAAGAAACACUUAAUUAUUUUAAAUCAACGUUCAAUGUACAAAAGAGAUAA